GAGCCAGCCAGUUCGUACGGACUUUUCGUGACAGACAGACGUGCAGUUAGUGUGUGUGUGCGUGUGUGUGUGUGUGUGUGUGUGUGUGUGUGUGUGUGUGCAUUUGCACGUGUGCGUUUGUGCGUGUGUGUGUUUGCGUGAAGGUGUGUGCGCGUGCCGUUUCCACGUGUCUCCCACUGCUGCACGCCUCCGCCCUCUGACCAUCGGGUUUAAUACGCCGCUCGUUUUCGUGGUGUUUUCGCGUUUUUUUAUUUUGAAUUUAAAAAACAAAGAUAAAAAAAGGUUUCGGUAUUUUUUCUCUCAUUACUUUUACACCGGACGUUGUAUCCGUAGUGCAUUUCAAAUUCAUUACGAAAAAUAAUAUCUUUGAUUCGCAGUCGAAACCCCUCCGUCGAUCGCAAACCGCAUACUCGGUGAAGUGAUUUCUGCGCUAAUGCGCGUGUAAAAUACAAUUAUUGGUCAUAUGCAUAUAUAUUAAAGUUUUCAACUCAUCAAGUGAGCCCGUCAUCGUAUCGGAUGGUGAAUUUGACGAUUUUUUUUUUUACACUCUCUCCUCGUAUGGCAUGGAUAUUGACCUGCUGGUCCGCUUUCACGACGAUCAUCAGCGGACGUGGUAACGUCACACGUUGACGAGAUAACGCUGUCACCAUAAUUGGAAUAGUAUCGCAUCAAUGAUAUACUCACAAAAACCAAGAAUAGAAAAAACAAUGUUACAAAACAGUAUUAACAAAUUAAAUAAACGCGUGAGCAGAAAUAUGUUCUAGUGGGGUUCUCAAGGUUUUAAAGGAUUACUGCGGUUAGUGACAGUUACCGAUGGAAAAUUUUACCUUUACUCGAAUGAAAUUUUGAGUUUCACUGAUCAAAAAUAGCUGGUUUCCGGGGCGAGUUUGAAACCGGACUACAGUAAUAAUAAUAGAGGUAUAUCGUUGCGGGGGUUCGUGUCAGUCGCGGGCGACGGUGUCUAUAGGCCGCGGAGGGAUGAUAAAGGAUAGUCGGCCAUGAACACGGUGCAGAGCUCUCACGGUGGCGGAGGAUCCGGCAAGGAGAAGGGCAUCGAGGAAUUGGUCGUGAUAACGCCGAACGAGAGGAACUGGCGCGGUAUACUAAUCGCGCUUCUGGUCAUCGUAGCUGUGCUAGGACUGAUCGUGUUCUUCAUCGUACUGUUGUCACCGCCGUACCAAGGUCCUCGGAAUCUCGGCAGUAAGUUUACGGUCGAGCAAAUCGUCGGGGACACAUUCAAAGCGCCCUCGUUCAACGGAUCAUGGAUAUCCAACAUGGAGAUGGUGAUUCGAGAUGCACAAGGUGGCGUCAGUGUUUACAAUGUCGAAACCAACAAAUACAGGGUACUCCUGACGAGUUCUUCUUUUAAACGAGUGAACGCGAACGAAUUUCAAACGUCAAGUGAUCAGAAAUACGUGCUGCUAUUGUCGGAUGAAAAAAAAAUUUACACGAACACGCGAGAAGCCAGGUACCACGUGUUCGAAGUAGCAACCCAGAACGGAGUGCCGCUAACGACUGUCUCAAAGACGGUGGAUGAUGCCGAGCACACGUACAUCCAAAGGGCACGGUGGACACCGACGGGCAGCGGACUGGUGUUCGUGCACGGCAACGAUUUGUACUACAAGAUCCACGGCAAUCGUCACAGCAGGAUUUUCAGGAUCACUGACACGGGUUCGGCCACCGUGUUCAACGGCGUACCGGACUGGCUGUACCAGGAGGAAAUAUUCAAAUCGGACGAAGCAUUUUGGUUUUCACCAUCUGGACGAUACUUAGCUUAUGUGACGUUUAACGAUUCAUUAGUUGGAGAAUACAAAUAUCCAAUUUACAACACUAGAUAUCAGUAUCCAUAUUAUCAGUCGAUACGAUACCCUAAGGCAGGGACACCAAAUCCAAUUGUGACAGUGUGGAUAAAAGAUUUGAAAAACGACAGUAUAUCAAAUGUUACCAUGCUAAGCAAACCACUAGCUUUACAAUUGGAAAAAGAACCCUAUUUGAUGCACAUUAAGUGGGCAAAUGACAAAAAAAUCGGAAUCGUUUGGAUGAAUAGAAAACAAACGGUAAUGGUCAUUUCUGUGUGCUCUGAACCAAAAUGGGAUUGCCAAGACUCCUUUGUGGAGAAAAUCGCCGAUGGUCAGGGAUGGUUGGAGAACACCGAGAUCGCAUUCAACGACGAGGGCACUAGCUACUUAGCGAUCCUGCCUGUGUUGGACGGUCCGCAUGGUACAUAUCCGCACAUCUGCCUGGUCGAUAUUUCCACAAAGAUCAUGAUCCCGUUGACAAGCGGAAGUUUUUCCGUCGUUCGCAUCGUCCAGUGGGACAAGACGAACCAGCUAAUAUAUUUUGAAGCAAUACCAGAAGGUAAACCAUCGCAGCGGCAUCUAUACAAAGUUCCUGAUAACGUGAACAGUACAUCGGGCUGGGAGUGCCUGACAUGUCCACCGAAUGGACCACAAAAGAAUACAACAAAAAUCAACAUUUCUACUAGUUCGGACAUCAGUGACUCGUUCCGAUUAAGUCUUAAAGGAUUAGAAUCAUCGAAACUACCACAGGACUCCUGGCCAGUACGUACCAACUCUUGUCUAUAUGUCCGAUCUCAUUUUUGUCCGUAUCAGAAUUCCAAAUAUUACGUUUUGGAAUGUUUAGGCCCUCUAGUGCCUAAAGUUAUCUUAAUGAACUGGCAAACGGAUCAAAAAAUAAUGAUAUUAAACAAUUAUACAGCAUUAGCGAAUAGAUAUUCUUCUAUGGCUAAGCCAAACGUACAAAUUAUGCAGGUUGAGAUUGAGAAUGGAUUUAUCGCUCAAACGAAGCUCAUGCUGCCUCCAGCAUUUAAAGAAUAUGACGAAACAGCAUUUCCGUUUAUUUUAUACAUAAAAGGAAAACCCGGCACUCAAUCAGUAACAGAAGAGUGGUCGGUAGAUUGGGCCACGUACUUAUGCAGUAACAAGAAUAUCAUAAUCGCCAUCAUAGAUGGCCGUGGCACACUCGGUCAGGGUGACAGGUCCAGAACGUCCAUAUAUUACAAUCUGGGAAUCACGGACAUCCAGGACCAGAUCUCAGUUUUGUUGUAUCUCAAGGACAUGCUGAAGUUCAUAGACAAGGACCGCAUAGGAAUCUGGGGCAAGGGAUAUGGAGGAUACGCUACUGGAAUGAUACUGGCCAACCAACCGGAGGUAUUUCGAUGCGGUAUAGCCACGUCACCCGUUACAAACUGGGCGCAUUUCGACUCGGCGUGGACUGAAAAACUAAUGGGCACCCCAAAUGUCACGGACAACUACCGGGGAUACGAAGACUCGGAUUUGAGUAAAAAGGCUACGACUUUAGACAAAAAAUUAUUAAUGUUAAUUCACGGCAGUGCCGACGAAACGGUCCAUUAUCAGCACAGUAUGAUGUUGAUAAGAGCAUUAACGGAAAAAGGGAUACUAUUCAGACACCAAACGUAUCCGGAUGAAGGGCACACUUUCGAUGGAUCGAUGAAACAUCUGCUGCAUGCCAUGGAGCAUUUUUGGGACGAGUGUUUCGGGCCGUUGGACUUCGACGACUGGGACGAGAGCCUGAACUUUUUCGCAUUUACACAGGUGAACAAUCUCGUGAGAAAACCGAAGUGAAUGCUCUUCCACGCCUACUCACGUGUCAUUUCACCAACGAAUCCGGACGUGAUGGCAAACAAUGUGAUUCCGCAAUAACGACAAUCCGUGCGCAUCUCCGAACACAAGCGUAAUCCUAAGAUAAUAAUAAUAAAAAACAGUGGGUAGCCGUUUAUGUUCUCUCCCUGUUCCAUGAGGUCAUCCUUUGUAGCUUAUGCAACAAUAACACGUACAUAUUAUACCGUAACGAUCAUUGUACCAUAUUUUAAACCAUUUUCAACAAAUACUUUACAAUUCAACCUUUGUGUUUGUUUAAAAAAAAAAAGAAAACAUUAAUUUACGCUAUGUUAGAAUUAAUGGAUACAAUAGAAACUUUCUGUGACGAUUAAAUUCGUAUUUCUAACAAAUUUAUGCCAGUGAUUUUAUGUUUGUCUCUAUAAAUUCGUUUAAUUU